UUUUGUUUUUCAUUUACAAUUAUGUCGAUCAAUGUUAAUAUGAUCAUUCUUGAUUCAUCAUAUCAUCGAUGAGCGAAAACAAAAAAAAAACAUUCAACAAAAAUGAAUCAAAGUGAUACACGAAUUCGUAGUAAAUCAACAUUACUUUCAUCAUAUUUGGCUAGUGAUGAUGAUGAUGAAGAAAAUAAUCUGGAAAUUUAUGACCAAACAAAUAAUAAUAAUUCCGAACGUUUGGAAAUACUUGCUCCAAUUCCAUUGAACAAUCAUAAUACAAUCGAAAAUGGUCAUCAUAAUCAUUCAAUUGAUACUAGCUGCAGCUCUAGUUCAGCAAUGAAUUCCAGUUAUAAUCAAAUUAAUGACGAAAGUUAUUUGAACAUUUGGAAUGAUAAUCUAAUUGAAUCAACUACACCUCGUAAAGCACAAUAUCGUGUUAUAUUUGAAAUAAUCAAAGCUCGUACAAUAACUAAUAAUGAAACAAGACAAAAAUUUGUUAAUUAUACUAUUCUAAUGAAACGAAUACCCGGAUUGGAAACCGAACCGGCUAUCAUUGAACGAAGAUAUUCAGAAUUUCGUAAUUUUUAUAAUGCAAUCAGAAGAAAAUAUCCAUUAUUGCUCAAAGAUGUUAUAUUUCCAAAAAAAAUUUUUAUUGGCAAUUUUUCCGCAGAAGUGAUAGCAGAACGUAGUUUGUCAUUUCAAAAAUUUCUAACCUAUUGCCUUAGUUUAACCGAAAUUCGAUCAUCAAAAGAAUUUGCCCAAUUUCUUUAUUAUCCGGAAUUGAGAGAGGCAAAAAAUUGCCUAAAAUUCAUACGAUUAGAAGAAGCGGCCAGCAUUCUUGAGAAUGUUUAUUAUAUUCAAGAUAAAUUAUCAUCACAUAGUGGACGACCAGAUCGUCAAUUGAUUCAUACGUUAUGUUGUCUGAUUGGUUGCCUUAAUGCUGUCGAUAAUACAACCGAUGCAAAAAAAUUAGCACGAAAAACAUUUGAAAUGUUAUUCGAAAAUCCUGUUGUUUUGAUGCCUAGCCAAAAUGGUACAAAUGACAACACAAAUACAAUCUUCGAAGUUGAUAAUCUUUAUGAAUCCAGUCAGCUAAUUGUGCCACUUAUACUUCUUUCACUUCGUCAUGAAUGGUUUUCUGGCCAACAAAAAUUUGCUUUAGAAAAAAAAUUGGAAGAAUUAUGUCGAAAACGUAGUUUACCAAGAAAUUUUGAUUCACAUCCUAAAUUAUUGGAAAUUCUUUUACGAAAAGAUUUUUCAUUAUUGUUAUAAAUUAUUAUUCUAAUCAAUUCCAUUCAAUCAAAUAAUAUUGAUAUCCUACUAAUAAUUGUAUUAUUCAUUAGAAAAUUGCAUACAUAUUUUUUUUAAAAAAAACCUUAUUU